UUCUCCCCUCUCCUUUCCUCCACCCCCUUCUCUCCUUCGCUCUUUUUUUCUCUCUCCCUAACCUUCUCUCCCCUACCUCCUUCUCCCUAUCCUUUCUUCCCUUCCCUUUCUUUCUUUAUCUCCUCCUUCCUCCCUCCUUCCCUGUCUCAUAUUUUUCUCUGUCUUUCCCUUUUCCUUUUCCAUCUUUCCUCUUCCCUUCCCUCCUUCCCUCCCAACAGUCGAAGAGGAACAGCGAGAGCAAGAGGAGCGUCGCGCCCGAGAGGAGUCCGACCCCCCCGCCGCAGCCCCACAGGGAGGUGCGGGAGGGUCCCAGGAGGGCCCCAAUCUCCCCGUCAGCGCCCCCAACUCCCCGUUCAGCCCCAAGAAGGUCACCAUCCGGACGGACGACGACCCCAAGUACCUCACCAUCCCCAAGGGCCGUCGCGUCGCCGGUUCCACGUCUUCGGCUGAUACAAUUGUCGGCGACGAGAGCAUGAGUCAGCCAGACAGCCCGACAGACGCAUCCACCUCCACCCUGACGGGCCCGGGGCCCGCCCUCCAAAGCUUCUCCGACUGGAAGCUGCCCUUCGACAGCGAGCGAGGGUCUAGGUCGCGCCGACCUUCCAAGAUCUUGGACGUGAUCACUUCUCCGCCUCGCCCUGGCUCCGGGCCCCGGCGCUCGCUGCCGCCCAGGAUGUCCUCGCUCGAGGAGCACCGUCAGAUGGAGACAGUGACCUCAGGUUCAGAGGCCGAAGAUGAGCAGGACCCCGUGGCCGGGAUGGGCGCACGUCGACGCUCCGCCGCCCGCUCCCACAGCGCCGCCCCGAGUACCUCCUCGCCAGGGUUCCUCCUCGUAGGGCCACGCGUCAGGGGCGCCAAGAGACUCAGCUGCGAGAGUGACACGUGCGGCCUGGCCUCCCCGCGCUCCAGCGUCCACACCGCCACACCGAGGUCAUCCUUCCAGGUGCCAGACUCGCCCUCACACUCCGUGCCAAGGGUCGGGGUCGUCAUUACAUCCUCCCGACAGUCUCAGCGAAGGAGCAGCAGUGCCUCCGCAGCGGCCGCUUUUGCGGUGGCCACAGCGGGAUCCAGCAACCCGAGGGACAUCCCCAAGACUCCGCCCCUCGGUAGGUUCUCUGUCGGGGGCGAGGGACGCCGCUCCUCCUUCAGGGAACGCCCAUCGCGACAAGAGUCCAUUAUCUCUACCGCUGCCACCAUGCGAGUCCUCAACGUCCUCCGCCACUGGGUCUCUAAGCAUUCCCAAGAUUUCGAGACGGACUUGCGGCUGAAGACUCUCACCAUCGAGUUCCUGGACGAUCUGGUGUGCUGCCCGACCCUCCUGCCAGCUGAACACAAGGCCGCGUCACAGUUACUCAGGUUACUCACUAAGGAGGAGCCAGCCAAUCCGCGCGUGGAUCUGAACACUCUCCUCGCCCCGCCCACCACCCCAAGCAAGGAGAGCAUCGAGACACUGUCAGCGCUCGAGGUGGCCGAACAGAUGACGUACAUCGACCAUCAGAUCUUCGUGGCGAUCAGGAGCGAAGAGUUCCUGAAGACAGCCUGGAUGAAGGAUGACAAGCAACAGAAGGCGCCAUAUAUCCUUCUCAUUACUCGGCGCUUCAACGAGGUGUCGCGUCUGGUGGCCUCGGAAAUCAUUCGAGGAGCGACCCUGGCCUCGCGCAUCGCUGUCAUCGAGAAGUGGGUGGCCGUGGCUGACAUCUGCCGCUGUCUCCAUAAUUACAAUGGCGUCUUACAGGUAUGCGCUGCCUUCCAGAACUCCUCCGUGUUCCGGCUAAAGAAAACAUGGGAGAAAGUGUCUAAAACGACACGCCAGACUCUCGAGAAGCUCCAGGCCCUCGUCUCCUCCGACGGCAGGUUCCGUAGUCUCCGCGACGCCCUCCACAGGUGCGACCCGCCUUGCAUCCCUUACCUAGGCAUGUACCUCACCGACCUCUCCUUCAUCGAGGAGGGCACGCCGAACUUUACAGAAGAUACGCUACUCAAUUUCUCCAAGAUGCGAAUGAUCGCCCACGUGAUUCGCGAGAUCCGUCAUUUCCAGCAGACGCCUUACAAGAUCGAGCACAACCCACGCGUCACCGCCUACCUGCUGGACCCGAGCCUGCUCCUCAGCGACGACAACCUGUACCGGAUGUCCCUCGAGCUGGAGCCCCGACGGUCAACCCUGACCCACGUCAACGCGCCCCUCCUCACCACCGCCACUUCCUCCGGCUCGUCGUCGAGUUCUUCCUCCUGACAGCGGCGGCGGACGGCAGGGGAGAUCUGGGUGAGCCUAUGAGGUCCGCCCCCCUGCAGCCGCAUAGCCGACCAGGGGGGGAAUAGUAGGUCUUUCGCUGCUCUAAAUCUCUUGGGACGCCUCGAAUGGCGCGUCCUUGCAGCCACGACUACGGCGGAAGGCGGUGGCAGCAGCGACCACCGUAACAAACGAUUGUGACGACAUCCACUCAUGACCUUAACUAUGAUGAUACUACACGGAGACGUGGCGGCGGGUGGUGAUUCUUUGGAUCUCUAUAAUCAUCAGUCUCUCCUUGUACACAUUUAACCUGACUUCCAUGCAGUGACCAAAGGGAAAAUAGUUUUCGUCUAUGAUGGCGAAAAAUAAUAAUGGCAUUUUCCCUUUGUAGUUACCUUGCUGGGAAAGGUUCUAAUAGCAUUUGAGAAUUUUUCAAUGGGCUUUUGAUUAUUUCAUAUCAACGACAGAUUGUUAUUAUUGCAUUAUCCUCGGACUUCACCGAAGAUCUAUUCACAAUCACUUUGUAAGAGAUUCUUAUGGUCAUACCUCGAAGAUUUUUCACAAGAUAUUCACCCACAGCAUCACGUCUGCGUCUCAACAUAACCCCUAUCAAGACCACACCAUGACUCAAGCUUUCCGAAUCAUUCAAUAAUUACCAAGUCAUUCUGUCUUAGUGGAAGGAGCGACGAGAUUCCUUGGCAGAAUGUCGAGCUGUAGUAUCCACGCAUCUCCCCACUAUCGUUUUCGCAUCCAUCUGGACGUCUACCAGAUAAUCAGCACGAGGUAGCGUGGGACGACUUAUUUCUACAGGAUUUCAGGUUGUCAUUCUACUACGAUGACGUCCUCAGAACUCCAGACACUAGUUAAGCAGUGUUGCCACAAGGAGCUGUACAGUGAAAUUGCUGCUGACCCAAUAAUGUCGUGAGGCCAAAGACCAAGAUUACGGUGUCUAGUUAUGCCGUAUUCUAUUACUCUCUGAUUCGCUACGGUGUGUUAUUUUUCAUCCUCUCUAAUGUUGGUGUAAGUAGUUGCUGGGGAUGUGAAGUCAUCACGAGCCUCUGAAGACACUCGCGAAGGUCAAAGAAAUGUCCAACCUCUUCUUCGUAUUGCCACUCGACGUUCAGUAUCCUUUCGAGAUCGACCCGUUGCUUUUGGCGUUUUUUAAAGCCAUGGAUGAUGCUGCGUUGGGCCAUUCUCAGAUUCAUGUCCUCCUGUAGGUUUUACUUGGCUGGACAGGAAAUAUCCGUAUAUCGACGUUGUAUUAUACUUGUCCAAAAUAGUGUUUACUUAAUGUAUGGUGAAUAAUUGUAAAAUGAAGUUGCAUUUUCUGAUAUUCCGCAAUAUCUAAAGAUAUAUUUUUUCCAACUUUAGGGCUUAUUGAUGUCUUUUCUUAAUACAGGUGGAUAUGCAUGUUUGUGAAUGCAUAAUCACACGUACCGAGAAUUACCAGGAGUGUGUUCCAUGUGGGUUAUAAAGUAGCAAUCAAGUGUCCUAACUUCUGUUGCUCACUCUCCCUUGCCUUGUUACUGUGCCUCUACUCUUAGCGGCGACGCUGCACACCCACCACUUGGCUGAUCUGCUUCCCUGGUUCAGGUCGGGUCAGCCAGACUUUCCAGGUCACUUGACCAAGUGUUUCCAUUAUCCCUUUGCAACAUUUGGUACCGAUUUUAACAGCCUGCCGUUUUUUCAUAAUCUGGUGGGUUGGCAGAGUGCCGUUCACUUAAUGCCACGGCCAACCAUUAGUACAGAGAACCUCAGGCCACCCACUGAUGUUUUUCAUUGGUUACGAGAAGGACCAGCUCCUCACCCACGUGAGGACGCCCCGCCCUCUCUGCACACGACACCACAUCCAAGAGAUUGGUACUUCUGUAGUCUUUGGCGGCAUUUAUAUAUGAAUUUAAGUCGAAUUGCCAAUUUUUUCAGCAAUAUUUACAUAUAUACGUCUAUUUUAAUAUUCCGAUAUUCCAUUUGCUAAUGCCAUAUAACGUUACAUAAAUCAAUUGUAUGGCAAGGUCGCUGCUGCUUUUAAAAUUUUGGAGCUUUCUACCUCCGAACUUUUCCCCCGUUGAGUCUGGUCUGGCACAGUGCUUAUUACGAGUUGGGAAUAGCAAGUUCUCCUUAGAAUCUCCGCCGGGUUUUUGCUAUACUGGAGGCUUAUCACCAAGCUAGAAGCCAGAUAUACCCAGAAGCAGACUUGGUGUGGAUUCUUGUCUGAUUUACUUGCAGAUGUAAAACCUUCAUGGAGCUUUAGUUGGCCCGCCUGAUGUGGAAGAAACUGUGGAGAGAGGCUGAGCCAGUGUGAAGGGAUUAGUUUAUAGGUGUAGUUUUAUAUGAUAGGGAUGAUUAGAUGUUACUACCCGUUAGAUAAUCGUAGAGAAUUGUUCUUAAUACUUUUAUAUAGUAGUGUGUACCUGGAAAACCAUCUACUGUUGUGUUUGCUAAUAAUGACUCGGUCUGCCAAUCUUCAUUCCCGCCCCAGAUAGCAAGUUGGGCAACGUUUUCACGACGAUGGGAGAACCUUGCAGUUAGCCUUCCUUUGUGUACUCUUAGACCUCGAUGCUCUUAGCAUUACAGUCCAUAAAGAUAGGAUAGACUGCAUUCAAUAUAUUUAUUGUACAUAUAUUUAUACAUUGAUAGUAUGGACAGACAGCAGAAGUUCCCUAGUUGAGAAGACAUCAUGUGCACAUUUUGGUGGCGUAGUCAGUGGGCCUUAAGGUGGCCUAGUUUAGAGUAGGCCAGUAGAGAGCCAAGUUUAAGUGGCCUAGUGUGAAUAACAGGCUGUGUAAUAGCCUGGUGUGAACAUUAGACUGUUUGAUGGCCAUGGGUAUAUUUGGUCUAUGGUGUACCAAUCUGCUUUAAGCACAAAUAUUUGGAACACUGAGAAACAAAUACCCACUUAGUUUAGAGUAAGGCCGGUAGGUGGCCUAGAGUAGAGAGUAGGCCAUUAGAGGCCUAGGUUAACCUGGUAGAGUUCAGACAACCUUAGCGCACUAGGGAGGGUACCUUACGAUGCUUCAGCUUGAGUCUGUCUUUCACAUAUCAACAAAGGCCGACCUCCCCCCCCCCACCUCCAGCCUCAGCGUUCGAGUCGGGAGCGUCGGCCAAAGUCUCCGCCUCUUCCUGUGUCUAGAGUAUUAUUGUUUAGGAAGAUAAAGUAAAUACAUAACUGAAAUAAAAGCCUAAGAGUUGCAUCUAGAAACUUGCACGUUUGCCGUUUCUUGUCUGGAUUCAGCUUUAAGAGAUUUUUACCUAUAGUAAUUUCGUAUUUGCCGGUCAUGUUCAUGGUGUAUAACUUUAUAUAAUGCACAAAAUACCAACUGAAUGAUAGUAUGACACCUCCAAAUUAUAUUUGUU